AUGUUUUUAGUACUCAGGUCUGGGGACGGCAUGAAAUAUACUGGGGAAAUUGUUGGAUGGAUACUGGACAGCAUGAUACUAAUUGAUAGUGUAUACUAUGAUGGAAGUCUUGCCCAAAGGUAUAAUAUAGCGCGGCCACCAGAUACCUAUAUCAGAUAUGCCGUGAAAGUGUCAAGAUGUCACUUAACCUCUGCAUAUGUUUUGAUCUUUUGCAGCAGAUAUGUUUAUGGUGGACACAGAAAAUAUUCAAGAUUGCAUGAUUGGAAGGAUCUUACGUGUAUCCAAUUUUUGGCAUAUGUUGUGGCUGAAGGAGAAGGGUCAUUGGUGAAGGCAGCAAUAGAAACAUUAUCCCUUAUUGCACAAGCCAUAGAAUGCAGACAAUCCUUAGCAAACACUUUUGGUGUUCUUGAAUCACUGCAAGCAGUUACAGAGGACGAGGAAUGUUACAGCGAUGAAUUACGUGACGAAGCAGCAGCUCUUUUUACAAGCCUCCAAUACGCGCGUUAUAUGAAAAAGCCUCGCAGUCCCCAGACUCCAACUGCCAGCUCUCAGCCAGAACAAGAGAUCAAAAAAACAGACAGUGUAGACAGUGCACCAAAGAAAAAUCCCAAUGAUGAAAGCUCCUCAGUAAAUGCUUCCCAAAUGAACAAAGGCUGUUUAGAGAAGCCCCCACAUAGAACAGACAGUGUUGAAAGCAAAAGUUCAGAAGGGUCCCCAAAGAAAACUGAAGACACUGAGGGAUCUCCAAAGAAAGCAGACUCCGCAAGAAGCAGCAUAGGCAGUAGAUCUCUGUCUACAGAUGAAGAGCUUUCCAGACUUGAGAAAAAAAUGCGUCAGCCUACGGAAAUGAAAGGUGGCUUCUUGGGACCAAACAAUUCUAAAGCAAAGAUUGUCACUCUUUUCAUUAAAGGAAUGGUUGCCCCUGAGCACCGCAAACAGGUUGAAGAGGAACUGGUCAGGGUCCGCGGACUCAUUAGCAUUGUGUUUGACUUGGGACGUUCCCGGGUCACUUGCAGAGUGAAACGGGAUCUGUCUGUUGACAAGCUCGCAGCUGCAGUUGCCCGCACUGAGAGUCUGUCUGCUCAGCAGGUUACUACUAAUGCAAAUGGGGAGGAGGUAUUUACUCUCAUCUUUAUGCAAGGAAAUGUGAAAUAAAGAAGCUGUAGGCUA